UUAGGUACUUUUUGCAUUUUUUUUCCUACAAUUGUCUGUGUCCCUUGGAGUUGAUAACGUCGAAAAUAAUUGAUUGCUAGAGAUGCUGCUAUCAACCCGUUACAUCCUUCAUCAUUGGAAACAAUAGAGUUUCUACUGCUGCACGCAAUUACAGGUGUGAUAUCAGAAGUCUGACAACAUGCUUUACAUCAGGUAUCUUCUUAUCGUAGAUUUCACCUUUCUAUGGAUGAAAGGAAGUUUCGGGGGUGACUGCACUACUGCCGAAAAUGUAACGUCAUUGAGAAAAGCCCUGCUGAAAGACUAUGAUCCGUACCUGCGUCCGAGAAGGCUGCAGGAGGACCCUGUCAUUAUCAAUGCCAGUUUUGGCGUCAGUCGCUUACACGACCUCAAUGAAAAAGAACGGAAGAUUUCUAUACUGGGAUAUUUUAGAUUAACUUGGAUUGAUGAGUUCCUAGUAUGGGACAAGGACAAACACCAAAACAUCAGUGACAUCGUGGUUAAAACGGAUGAUAUAUGGUGGCCCACCAUAGGACUUGGAAAUCCAAUUUCUGACUUUGAGACAAUGAAAAACACUUACGGCAUUUUCCAGGUUUCAUUUUCUGGAGUGAUUGCAUGGUCUCCGGGGGCUCUGUUUUCAGUGAUGUGUGAUAUGAAAUUACAGAAGUUCCCUUUUGAUACGCAGACGUGUGAUUUUGUAUUCGUAGUACUUGGUUAUACCAAAAAGGACAUCGUAAUAAACGCGAACCCAGAUAUUCUAAAUGUCCAGGGAACCACGGAGUGGGACGUUUUGGAAACAAAAUUCCUCGAACUUCCUGGUGGGAGUAAUGGACUGAAAAUUCGCUUCACGCUUCGGAGGAAGCCGUAUUUCGUUCUUUUGACGGUGACUAUGCCCCUGACAUUGCUUUCAAUUUUGAACAUAUUUGUCUUUCUAAUACCCGUGGAGUCGGGCGAGAAGACAUCCUACGCCAUCUCCACGUUCUUGGCUUACUCUAUUUACCUGUCUGUCAUGGGGUCCUCCCUGCCUGAUGACGCCGAGUCCAUCGUUUAUAUGACGUUGUACAUUGAGGUAAUGAUGUCCCUAAGUGUACUUAUUAUGGCGUUGGUCAUUAUACAGAUACGGUUGAUAUUUUAUCAUGGUGACGACCCAUUGCCUUGUUGUCCAGAAAACAGCGUGACGAACGAAGAAGACACUGACGUCAUUAGUAUAGACCUUAAUGAUAAAUCGAUACGUAAAGAAAAUGAGCCCAGUAAAUCUAAGAAAAGAACUUGGUCCAAUAGUAUGGCUAUGAUAGACAGAAUAUUGUUUGCAUUUUUCUUUUUGUCACUUUGUACUUUUAAUACCCUUUUCUUUUCUUUAAUGUUACGAUGAUUUUAUGACUGUGAAAAAUGUUUAUAGUUUAUACCAGUGCCUGAGAGAUGAA